UCCCUGCUCCGUUCGUGACCACGUCAAAGGAACACAGAAGUUAGAAAUCAUGGCGGAGCGCAGGAGACACAAGAAACGAAUUCAGGAGGUCAGUGAACCUACCAAGGAGGAGAAGGCGGUUGCUAAGUACCUGCGCUUUAACUGCCCCAGCAAAUCUACCAACAUGAUGGGACAUCGAGUGGAUUACUUUGUCGCAUCCAAAGCAGUGGACUGUCUGCUUGAUUCAAAAUGGGCCAAAACCAAGAAGGGCGAUGAAGCUUUGUUCACAACCAGAGAGUCGGUGGUGGACUACUGCAACAGGCUUCUAAAGAAACAGUUUUUCCACCGAGCCCUGAAAGUGAUGAAGAAGAAGCCAGAGAAAGAUGUAAAGAAAGAAAAGGAAAAGGAGAAAGAAAAAGAGAAGGCUAAAAGUGACAGCGGCAAAGAAGAUGAGAAAAAGGCCAAAAAGGAGAAAGACAAAAAGAAGGAUUUUGAAGCUGCAGACACAAAGAAGGACAAAAAUGAUGACAGUCCAGGAUCUCCAAAGAAGAAGAAAGAUGUGAAAAAGAAGUUCAAGCUAGAACCUCAUGAGGACCAACUGUUCUUAGAUGGAAACGAGGUGUAUUUUUGGGUUUACGAUCCAGUCCAUUUUAAAACCUUUGCCAUGGGAUUGAUACUAGUCAUUGCAGUUAUUGCAGCCACUCUGUUCCCGCUGUGGCCCGCUGAGAUGAGAGUUGGUGUGUACUACCUGAGUGUGGCGGCAGGGUGCUUUGUUGCCAGUAUACUUCUACUGGCUGUUGCUCGCUGCAUCCUGUUCCUGAUCAUCUGGUUGGUGACCGGCGGGCGUCACCACUUCUGGUUCCUACCAAACUUGACUGCAGACGUGGGAUUUAUCGACUCUUUCCGGCCUCUCUAUACGCACGAGUACAAGGGUCCACGUGCCAACUCAAAAAAAUCAGGCAGUGACAAAUCUGAAAACAAGGGCAUGGAUUCCAGCAAAGUGCAGAAAUCAGACAGCGAGGAUAAAUCGGACAGCGAGAAGAAAGACGGCGAAGAGGAUGAGGAAGACAAUAAGAAUGCGGGCAACAGCGAGGGGAGUGAGGAAGCGGGUGCAGAACGUCAGUCGGAUACAGACAGUGACAGACGAGAGGAGGAAGGAUCGCAGCACAGCAACGGCAACGAUUUUGAAAUGAUCACCAGAGAAGAGCUGGAACAGCACACAGAGGAAGAGGAAGAAGAGGAGGAAGAGCAAAGCGAGACAAAGCCCUUGACUGUUCAAACAUAAACUUUCGGCCUCACACCCACACACAUACUCCCAUGCUCCAUGUGGACCUGCUGAUGUUCUUCUGGCAUGUUCAGGAGACGUUCCCCAUUUCUGUUCUGGCUGAGAUCUUCCUCUAUGAAAACAGACAGGCAUAAAGGUUAAAGGAGAGCAAGUACUAGAAGCAAAGGCUGUUUUGUUUCCCUGAAUAUGCUUCCCCACUUUAGAUGCAAGCAAACACAUUUGGAUCAUGUAUGUCUCCCUAAACAACUGGUUUACACCUUCACCUUUCCUCUUAUUGUGUUAAUGUUAUCUAAUAUCAAGGCGUUUUGUUUUAGAAACAUGUCAGUAGUGUUAAGUGUUCAAGAAGGACUGGAAAGGUGAGCUUUCAGAAUGGUCUUUAAACCACAUAAAGGUUCACUAUUCAGUCAGAAAUAUUUAAAGGAAUAGUACACCCAAAAAUGAAAAUUCUCAUCAUUUACUCACCCUUAUGCCAUCCCAGAUGUAUAUGACUUUCUUUCAUCUGCUGAAUUCAAAUGAAGAUUUUUAGAAGAAUUUCUGAGCUCUUUUGGUCCAUACAUUGCAAGUGAAUGGGUGGCAGAAUUUUGGAGCUCCAAAAAUCACAUAAGUCAGCAUAAAAGUAAUCCAUAAGUUCCAUUGGUUAAAUCAAAGCCUUCAGAAGCUAUAUGAUGGGUCUGGGUGAAAAACAGAUGAAUAUUUAAGUCCUUUUUUACUAUAAAUUCUCCUCCCUGCUCGGUCAGUCUCCACUUUCACUUUCACAUUCUUGUGUUUUUGGUGAUUCACAUUUUUCAUGCAUAUCGCCCCCUACUGGGCAGGGAGAAGAAUUUCUAGCAAAAUGGACUUAAAUAUUGAUCUGUUUCUCACCCACACCUAUCAUAUCACUUCUGAAGAUAUGGAUUAAAACACUGGAGUCGUAUGGAUUAUUUUUAUGCCGCCUUCAUGUGCUUUUUUUUUUUUGGCAAAAUUUUGGCAUCUAUUCACUUGCAUUGUAUGGACCUACAGAGCUGAAAUAUUCUAAUAAAAAUCAUAAUUUGUGUUCUGAAAGUCAGACAUCUGGGAUGGCAUGGGGGUGAGUAAAUGAGAGAAUUUUCAUUUUUUGGUGAACUAUCCCUUUAAGAUCUGACACUUUAAUAUUCCAUGUUGGCACUUUCUUUUUUCUUUUUUUACCACAUAAUAAAUUGGAUCGUUUCAAAGGACCAACAAUUUGUCUUAGCUACCUAAUAAGUGUUCCUAUCAUUCAUUUUAAUCACAAAUCUGAAUUGUUUUUGACCUGUGACAUUUCUGAGGAACUCUGGGAAUUCUUGCUUGGCUUGGGAGGCAGAUGUAUUGAUGUGCACUUGUCACACGGUCUGUUGCACAUUGCAAUAGAACUUUGUGAUUCUGAUAAGAAAUAGUCGUUGUUCAUGGAAACAAAGAGAAAUUGCUGCAGUAUCCUAGACUCAAAGACAGUUAUUUGAAACAUCCCAUUAGUAAUCAUUUGGACUACAUUCAGAAGAGGAAACUACACCCACAUUUGUGCCAAAUUGUGCAGAUAUUGAUGCUUUUUCAUAUGCAGAGUACAUACAAAUUAUGACCAAGUCACAACGCUUUGAUUAGCUGCCAGAUAAAUACAGUUCAAACAUGUCAUGUCUCAUACAGUAUGUCCCUUCUCCUGUUAAAAGAAUAAUUCACCCAAAAAUGAAAAUUCAGUCAUCAUUUACUCACCCUCACAUUGCUCCAAACCCGUAUGACUGACUUUCUUCCAUGAAACACAAAAGGAGCUGUUAGGCAAAAUUGGAAAAUUAUGUGUGACAGAAUUUUAAUUUUGAGGUGAACUAUCCCUUUAACUAUAGCAGACUAGCUGAUUUCUUAGUCGAAUCACACAUCAUUGUAUCUGAGCCUCUGUUCAUUCACACUUGGUACUUCCCAUACUGUGUGCUAACUUUAAUGUUGAUUCUCUGAUUCAAAUCUUACUUACCUGAGGGACUGUGGUCCAAAAUAGCCUGUUAGUUAGUUUGCAUUCUAAUAAGGGCUGAGGUCCAAUACUAUCUUUACAUAGGGUUGCAUACUAUUGACUAGAGUAUUAUUUUACAUUAGCUGUUUUUUUUUUUUUUUUUUUACUCAUACCGAGGAUGAUAUUUAAGAGAUGAAAUACAAAUGUAUAAUUUAUAUAUGGAUUCUAUAAAUCUGCCAGAUAUGUUCAUGCCAGCAGUUCAGGUAGUGAUCCACUCUGUUCAACAUGAACUGUAUUCUAUUUUAUAAUGUCAGAAACCCAGGUUUUUCAUUUUAGAGUUUUAUACAAAUAUUCCAAUCACCAAUAGGCUAAAUGUUUUCCAUGCUGAAGACUUUGGAAAGAUUGUUUCUGGACAAUAUACUGGAUUUAGGAUACAGAAAAAUUUUAUUGCGGAUUAAUUUUGUAGUUUCCUAAUGCUCUACUGACAUGUCAUUUUUAAUGCAUGGACUGUUGGUGUUUAUCAGAUGCAUACAAGAGUCUGGAAACACUUGUUUUACGUAUAAAAAAAAAAUUGAGAACCCUUGUUAAAGCGUCCUUUAAAAUACAAGGUAAUCUCAAGUUCAACAGGAGCAGGCAACUCCUUUUGCUCCAGUGAAGAUCUCAGUCUUUUUUUUCUUCAAAUGGUAUGAAUCUUUAACCAUGUCUGUAAGGAGAUGAUCUUGUCAGUUAAACCCCAGGAGGGGUCACACUUUAGUGUUCCUUUAGAAAUACUAUGUAUGUCCUCAAUAUUCUUCGUCCUUGACUUUGAAGACCUGGAUAGAUUGGGCACAACAUUUACAUGGCAGUUUUACAUAAUUAAGGACGUAUUGUUUCUUUUUGUUUUCUGUUCCAUUGUCUCUAUGAGAGGCAAAGAUGUUGAUGAGUUUUUUUUUCUUUUUUUUUUUUUAUUGGCAAGAAAUUUCAUUUGUCAUCAUUGGGUGUUGCUGCACAGUGUCAGUCUGUUAUGUACAAAUGUAGUGUUAAAACAUGCUGCAUUGCAGCAUAUUUCUAAAGAGGGAAUCCCAGUUUUCUUUUUUUUUUUUAAUCUGGUCAGCGUGUCAUCAACUAAUUAAUUGUCCGUAUUUGGAUCAAUAUUGAGGACUGUCUUUUUUGCAAUAUCUUGAGUAUAAUUUAAGUGUCUGUCAAAGGUAUAUCUGUAUUCUUUCACUGCAAUAAAAAUGCAGGACGCAAGCUAUUUGCAUUGUUUUGCAGUUGUUAACCAUAAAUGUACUUAAUGCAGUAGUGCACUUAAUUGUUUCAUAACAGUUUUCUACUGCCAUAGAUGUGCAACCAUUUUAUUACACGUCACAACACAGAGAAUUCAAUUAAAGCCACUAUAACCUGAUUAAAUAAUGAAGGUAUAGUCCUAUUUUUUAUAAUUGUAAUAGUUACAAUAAAUACAUGCUGUAUAUAGUCUACAUUUUUCCAAUUAAGCAUGGACAGUUUGCUAAAAAUUGUAAUUCUGUCAUUACUACCCUCAUGACGUUUUAAACCUAAAUGACUUUUUUUCUUCCAUGGAAUGUAUACUCACCCAGCACUUUAUUAGGUACACCUGGACACCUACUUACUCAUGCAAAUACCUAAUUAGCCAAUCGUGUUGCAGCAGUGCAAUGCAUAAAUUCAUGCAGAUACAGGUCAGGAGCUUCAGUUAAAUGUUCACAUAAACCAUCAGAAUAGGGGGGGAAAUGUGACCUCAGUGAUUUGGACCAUGGCAUGAUUGUUGGUGCCAGAUGGGCUGGUUUGAGUAUUUCUGUAACUGCUGAUCUCCUGGGAUUUUCACACACAGUCUCUAGAAUUUAUUUUGAAUGGUGCCAAAAUAAAAAACAUCCAGUGAGCAGCAGUUCUGUGGACAGAAACGUUGAUGAAAGAGUUUAGUGGAGAAUGGCCAGACUGGUUCCAGCUGACAAAAAGGCUACGGUAACUCGGAUAACCCCUCUGUACAAUUGUAGUGAGCAGAAUAGCAUCUCAGAAUGUACAACAUGUUGAACAUUGAGUCGGAUGGAAUACAACAGCAGAUCAUGUCGGGCACCUUAUUAGGACCAUAGUGAUCCUAAUAAAGUGCUUAGUGAGUGUCUAUAAAUAUAAAUAAAAUGUUACAAGGUAUGUUAGUCUCAGUCACCAUUUACUUUGCAUAUUUUUUCAAUUGAAUAAAAGAGAAUUGUGACUGAGGCUGUCAUUCUGCCAAACAUUUCCUUAUAUGUUUGGAACAACAUGAGGGUGAGUAAAUUACCGAAUUUUCAUUUUUGAGUUA